GGGUUAGCGCCGCAACCGAAUAUCCUCACCUGCAGGAGCUCAACCGUGAACAUUGCUGCUACUUAGAGGGGAAAAUCCGGGGUUAUUGGUGAUGUUCAACAUUGGAUAGUGUCCACCUUGGCUGGAGCUUAAAGAUGCGGGCACCGACUUGGGAACUCUGGUCAGGAAGAGAGUUUCCAAACAAAGUCGGCGAUGACUGAACGCGACGGAGGUGAUUGAAGAAUUCAUCAAGAUGGGCUUCCUCGCCGCCACUCUUGUGUCCUGUGCCGCUCUCGCGAGCGCAGCAAGCAUCCCACGUCCCCAUGCCAAGCGCCAGGUCUCCCAGCUUCGCGACGAUUAUGACUUCGUGAUCGUUGGCGGUGGAACUAGCGGCCUCACUGUAGCCGAUCGGCUGACAGAGGCCUUUCCAGCCAAGAACGUCCUUGUCAUUGAGUAUGGAGACGUCCACUACGCCCCGGGAACCUUCGAUCCGCCGACGGACUGGAUCACACCUCAGCCUGAUGCCCCCCCUUCCUGGUCUUUCAAUUCCCUCCCCAACCCAGACAUGGCAAACACAACAGCGUUUGUGCUAGCCGGCCAAGUGGUGGGUGGAAGCAGUGCCGUGAACGGCAUGUUCUUUGACCGCGCAUCCCGCCACGACUACGAUGCGUGGACCGCGGUCGGCGGGUCCGGGUUCGAACAGUCCAGCCACAAGUGGGACUGGGAGGGGCUGUUCCCUUUCUUCCAGAAGAGCGUCACGUUCACGGAACCGCCGGCCGACAUCGUCCAGAAGUAUCACUACACCUGGGACCUGUCUGCCUACGGCAAUGGCUCAACCCCCAUCUACAGCAGCUAUCCGGUCUUCCAGUGGGCCGACCAGCCGUUACUUAACCAGGCAUGGCAGGAGAUGGGAAUCAAUCCGGUGACCGAAUGCGCCGGCGGCGACAAGGAGGGUGUCUGCUGGGUUCCCGCCUCGCAGCACCCUGUCACGGCGAGGAGGUCGCACGCCGGGCUCGGCCACUACGCCGAUGUGCUCCCGCGAGCCAAUUACGACCUCCUCGUUCAACACCAGGUUGUCAGGGUAGUAUUCCCCAAUGGGCCGAGCCACGGACCGCCGCUUGUCGAGGCGCGGUCCCUGGCCGACAACCACCUGUUCAACGUGACUGUGAAGGGCGAAGUCAUCAUCUCGGCGGGCGCUCUGCACACCCCGACCGUCCUUCAACGGAGCGGCAUCGGCCCGGCAUCCUUCUUGGACGACGCCGGGAUCCCCGUGACGCUUGACCUGCCGGGCGUCGGCGCCAACCUCCAGGACCACUGCGGUCCGCCCGUCACGUGGAACUACACCGAGCCCUACACCGGCUUCUUCCCGCUCCCCUCCGAGAUGGUCAACAACGCGACCUUCAAAGCCGAAGCCAUCACCGGCUUCGACGAGGUCCCGGCCCGCGGCCCCUACACGCUCGCCGGGGGCAACAACGCCAUCUUCGUAUCGCUCCCACACCUCACGGCCGACUACGGCGCCAUCACCGCAAAGAUCCGCGCCAUGGUCGCCGACGGAACCGCCGCCUCCUAUCUCGCGGCCGACGUCCGCACCAUCCCGGGGAUGGUGGCCGGCUACGAGGCCCAGCUCCUCGUGCUCGCCGACCUGCUCGACAACCCGGAGGCGCCCAGCCUGGAGACGCCGUGGGCGACGAGCGAGGCGCCGCAGACGUCGUCGGUCCUGGCCUUCCUGCUGCACCCGCUCAGCCGCGGCAGCGUGCGGCUCAACCUCAGCGACCCGCUCGCGCAGCCCGUGCUCGACUACCGCUCCGGGUCCAACCCGGUCGACAUCGACCUGCACCUCGCCCACGUGCGCUUCCUGCGCGGCCUGCUCGACACGCCCACCAUGCAGGCCCGCGGGGCGCUCGAGACGGCCCCCGGCUCGGCCGUGGCCGACAGCGACGAGGCGCUGGGGGAGUACGUGCGCUCGCACAGCACGCUGUCCUUCAUGCACCCGUGCUGCACGGCCGCCAUGCUGCCCGAGGACCGGGGCGGCGUCGUCGGGCCGGACCUCAAGGUGCACGGGGCCGAGGGCCUGAGGGUCGUGGACAUGAGCGUGAUGCCGCUGUUGCCGGGGGCGCACCUGAGCGCCACUGCUUAUGCGGUGGGGGAGAAAGCUGCGGAUAUUAUCAUCCAGGAGUGGAUGGACAAGGAGCAGUGACAAAACGAUUGACUUUGUGAUGAGAUGGCAAUGCUCAAUUCGAAGGAGCCAAGUAUUUCGGUAAGAACCUA